UGUCAAAUGGCACAACCUAUCUCAAAAUGUCAACACUUUAAAGUCGUCCCAAUAAUGUAAAAUUUUGUAUUUUCAAUAAAAUGGCAACGCAAAAGCCGGGAGAAUGGGCUAACACUCUGAUUGUGCGUUUUGAGGAGCAGUUGCCUUGCCGCAUUGGUCCUCAAACCAGUCAUUCAAGGAUAAAUGAGGAACAGAAUAAGGCUUGUAUUAUACAAAUUUCCAAAUAUCGUUUUGCUUUAGUAUUAGAUGGUUUUGUUAAAGUUUUAAAAAGAAUUCAUGAAUUGUAUCAGACUGGAACAUGUGGAGCACCACGGCAACAUGGUCCAGAAUUAGAGAAAAACUAUUAUGACAGUCUGCUUAUAGUUUUAGAAACAUUAGAGAAAUGUUUUAGCCAACAACCAAAAGAUUCAAUAACUCUUACAAUGGAAGAAAAUCAAAAUUUAAAAUCUUUAUUGAAGGAAAUUUGCGCAUUUUUAGAUAUGUCAAAUGAUAAUCCCAACACACAUGCAAUAAGAGUGUUAGCCAGUAAAGUUUUAUUUGCUUUGAGUGUUAAUUUCUUUAAUGCUGUCUUUAAUCGAAUUUCAUCAAAAUUACAAGAGCUUGCAUCCUGCCCAGAUGAAAAUCCUGAUUACAGUGAUAUUGAACUAAUUCAGCACAUAAAUGUUGAUGUUAAUAGACUUACUAGACUGCUAACAGAGGCCAUACAAAAAUUUCGCUUACUUAAAAAAUCGGCACAUCUCGUUUUUGUUAAUUCACUUGAAAAAGCUAUAUGGAAUUGGAUGGAUCAUUAUCCUUACGAAUUCGCUGAAUUACAGAAAAACACAAAUGAAGAGUUAUCUAAGUGCUGUGAACAGUUAUUUGACAUUUUAGACAACUUUGCAGAUAACAAAAAGGGUCGUGCCGCCCUCUGGUCUCUACAAAUCAUGCUUCUAAUUCUAGCUCCUAAAGUCCUUGAAGAAAUUGUCAACGCUGAUAGUGGUGCUCCUUGUUCCCCUAGACAUAAUAAAAAGAAGCAAUUUAUUGAUGCAAUAAAACGCGGCAUAGGACCUCAUGGAAACUCAAGUAAACAAUUAACUGAAGCCGCGGCAGUUACUUGUGUUAAAUUAUGUAAGGCUUCAACUUACAUCAACAACAAAGACUCCAAUAAUGUUGCAUUCACUUUAGUCCAAAGUGUCAUUAAUGACCUUAAAUCGCUACUUUUUAAUACUACAAAACUCUUCUCCAGAGGACAAAAUUAUCUAUACCAAGAUAUGGAUUUAAUGAUCGAUUGUUUCGUUUCUUGUUUCCGUAUCAAACCUCACAAUAACGAAGCAUUGAAAGUCUGUCUGAAUCUCAAUUCACCUUCUGUUUAUCAUUUCGUAUUAGUCAGAUCACUUUACCGCAUUGUUACUGAAUCGAAAUUACAUUGGUGGCCCAAAAUCGAUUUAGUAUAUAGCAAAUCGUCUGAAUUAAGAGCAAUGUUUACUGACACGCUAAAUCGAGUUGCUCAAGGUUGCAUUGCACACACUCCUCUACGCAUGAUACAAUCGCUAACACUCAAAGGUAAAGACUCGCAAGCCAAGUUUAAAGAACGAGCUGAAGAAGUGCCUGGUCAUAGGAAUUUAUUACUGUAUAUGGUGCGUUUAAUUCACGCCGAUCCAAUGUUAAUGCUAAACAAUCAGGGAAAAGCCGGCCAUGAAAUACAAAGUUCUACAUUAGAAUUGAUAAACGGUUUAGUUUCACUUGUUCAUCAACCGACAAUGCCAGACGUCGCACAAGAAGCAAUGGAAGCCUUAUUAGUUUUACAUCAUCCCGAAAAAAUCGAAGUUUGGAACCCUGAAGCACCAAUUAAUACGUUUUGGGAUGUUAGUUCUCAAGUGCUGUUUUCAAUAUCACAAAAGUUGAUCCAACACCAAAUUAUGAAUUAUACCGAUAUUUUGAAAUGGUUGCGAGAGAUUUUAAUUUGUAGAAAUGCAUUUUUAUCUAGACAUAAAGAGUAUGCUAAUCUUGGUAGUCAAAUACCGAUAUGUAAACAAGCGCACAUAAAAUUAGAGGUUGUUUUCUUUAUGUAUUUGUGGAGUAUUGACAUGGAUGCUGUCUUGGUAGCAAUGAGUUGUUUUGCAUUAUUAUGUCAAGAAGCGGAAAUUAGAUGUGGUUCUGAUGAAGUCACUGUGACUUAUCUAGUACCAAACUAUCACGUAUACCAAGAACUGGCCCAAGCAUCUACUGUAUUAACCACAGCCAGCGGGGAAUCCAGAAUGUGUUUCCCAGAACAUGCCAACGGUCGGGCUGCUUUACAAAAACGUAUAAUGGCCCUAUUGCGCAAAAUCGAGCAUUGUGUCAACGGAGUACAACCGGCGUGGGAAGAAACAUUUAUGAAUUGGAAUUCAAUGUCAAAGAACUUGUCUUCGUACCCUAAGGCGAAAGUCGAGGAUGGUCAAAUGGAACCGUUUCAUAGAUCUAUGGGAAAACGAAGAGCAUCGCAUCAAAACUCCGAACAUGAGUUAGAAGAACAAAUCAACGAAUGGGCAAACAUGACUGGAUUUUUAUGUGCUUUGGGUGGUGUCUGUUUACAAAGAAAAUCACCAUCAAGACCCACCUUAUCGAUAUCGUCACACUCGAGUCUGUCUACGGCCACUAUCAGCUCGAUUGGGUCUAGUACAUUGUCUGAGAGUCGUAAAUCGAGUGUGCUAACAGGAGCACCACAAGAACAGAGACAGUAUUGUCCUGUCACUCAAUUUGUCGAUUUGUUACUACGAUUGUUGGUUUGCAAUAAUGAAAAAUUUGGGGCUCAAAUUCAAAAACAUGUCAAAGAGCUAGUCGGUCAUGAAAUGUCAUCAGCACUAUAUCCGAUUCUUUUCGAACAAAUCAAGACAAUUGUUGAUAAGUUUUUCGACCAACAAGGCCAAGUUGUAGUCUCUGAUGUUAAUACUCAAUUUAUUGAACAUAUAAUUUUUAUAAUGAAAAAUAUCUUAGAUAGUACUAAAAACGAUCAACCUUCUGAACAUUUAGGUGUUACAAGUAUCGAAGGUAUGAUGUUGGCUAUAGUCCGAUACGUGCGCCAUCUGGAUAUGACAGUUCAUGCAAUCCAUAUAAAAACAAAACUAUGCCAACUUGUUGAAGCUAUGAUGAAACGACGUGACGAUCUAGCUUUUAGACAAGAAAUGAAAUUCAGGAAUAAAUUAGUCGAAUAUUUAACUGAUUGGGUGAUGGGAACGUCACAUCAAAUAGCACCACCUAGUUCAGGUGACGUAACAAUGAUCACACGUGACUUGGAUCAAGCCUGUAUGGAAGCAGUAGCUGCACUUUUGAGAGGACUACCACUACAACCUGAAGAGUCAGAUCGGGGUGACUUAAUGGAAGCCAAAAGCCAACUUUUCCUCAAGUAUUUCACACUUUUUAUGAAUUUAUUAAAUGACUGCUCAGAUGCCACCGAAGUUGAAAAGGAUGUUUCAAGACAAAGAGUGAAUGCUAGCAAGCUUAGCACUCUAAGAAAUGCCACUAUCCAAGCAAUGUCGAAUUUAUUAUCGGCGAAUAUUGACAGCGGAUUGAUGCACUCUAUCGAUUUGGGUUACAAUAAAGAUUUGCAAACUCGUGCUGCUUUUAUGGAAGUUUUAACAAAAAUUUUGCAACAAGGAACUGAAUUCGAUACAUUAGCUGAGACAGUCUUGGCUGAUAGGUUUGAACAGUUGGUACAAUUAGUAACAAUGAUAAGUGAUAAAGGGGAAUUACCAAUCGCCAUGGCUUUGGCUAAUGUUGUAACAACGUCACAAAUGGAUGAAUUGGCGCGUGUUUUUGUGACUUUAUUCGAUGCCAAACACCUUUUAUCUCCUCUACUUUGGAAUAUGUUUUAUCGAGAAGUUGAAGUGUCUGAUUGUAUGCAAACUUUAUUUCGUGGAAAUUCACUAGGGAGCAAAAUUAUGGCGUUUUGUUUUAAAAUUUAUGGUGCUAGUUAUUUGCAAUGUUUAUUAGAACCGUUAAUUCGACCUUUGUUAGAUGAUCCGAGUUGUAGUUUUGAAGUAGAUCCAGCUAGAUUAGAACCGAAUGAAGAUAUAGCUGAAAAUAGACAAAACUUGAUAGCUUUAACUCAGAAAGUAUUUGAUGCGAUUGUGAGCAGUGCUGAGAAGUUUCCGCCUCAAUUGAGGUCGAUGUGUCAUUGUUUGUAUCAAGUUUUGAGUAAACGUUUCCCACAAUUUCCGCAAAACAAUAUUGGGGCUGUGGGUACAGUGAUUUUCUUGAGAUUUAUCAAUCCUGCGAUAGUUUCGCCUCAAGAAAUGGGAAUUGUAACGAAACAAGUUCCAACAUCGGUGAAAAGAGGACUCAUGCUGAUGUCAAAAAUUUUGCAAAAUAUUGCUAAUCACGUUGAGUUUAGUAAGGAGCAACAUAUGUUGCCAUUUAAUGAUUUUCUAAGAGCACAUUUUGAGAUUGGGAGAAGAUUUUUUAUACAAAUUGCGUCUGAUUGCGAGACUGUUGAUCAGACUUCACAUUCAAUGUCGUUCAUAAGUGACGCGAAUGUGUUAGCUUUGCAUAGAUUGCUAUGGAAUCAUCAAGAGAAAAUCGGAGAUUAUUUGUCUAGUAGUAGAGAUCACAAGGCUGUUGGUAGGAGACCUUUCGAUAAAAUGGCAACACUGUUGGCGUAUUUAGGACCUCCCGAACACAAACCGGUGGAUUCACAUCUUCUGUUUUCGUCGUAUGCUAGAUGGAGCUCCAUCGACAUGUCUUCAACCAAAUUUGAAGAACUGAUGGUGAAACAUAAUAUGCAUGAAAAAGAGGAAUUCAAAUCGAUUAAAUCAUUGAAUAUUUUUUAUCAAGCUGGGACUAGUAAAGCUGGCUUUCCCGUUUUCUAUUACAUUGCUCGGCGUUACAAGAUUGGAGAAACAAAUGGAGACAUGCUUAUUUAUCAUGUUAUAUUGACAUUAAAACCUUUCUGCCAUUCACCUUUCGAAUUAGUUGUCGAUUUCACACACACUUGCUCAGAUAAUAGAUUUAGGACCGAAUUUUUACAAAAAUGGUUUUAUGUUCUGCCUGAAGUUGCCUAUGAAAAUAUUCAUGCCGCUUAUAUUUAUAAUUGUAAUAGUUGGGUGCGUGAAUAUACUAAAUUUCAUGAUAGAAUUCUAGCACCUCUCAAGGGCAAUCGUAAAUUGAUAUUCAUUGAUGCCCCUAAUAAAUUAACAGAAUUUAUAGAACUCGAUCAACAGAAAUUACCUGGUGCUACAUUAAGUCUAGAUGAAGAUUUAAAAGUAUUUAAUAAUGCGUUAAAAUUGUCACAUAAAGACACCAAAGUUGCAAUAAAAGUGGGACCUACAGCGAUUCAGAUAACUUCAUCAGAGAAAACCAAAGUGUUGUCACAUUCGGUUUUACUUAACGACGUUUAUUACGCUUCCGAAAUCGAAGAAGUUUGUUUAGUUGAUGACAAUCAGUUUACUCUGACGAUAGCGAAUGAAAGCGGUCCUCUUAGUUUUAUUCAUAAUGAUUGUGAUAGUAUUGUACAAGCAGUGAUACAUAUUAGGAAUCGGUGGGAACUCAGCCAACCUGAUUCGGUAACCGUUCAUCAAAAAAUUCGACCAAAAGACGUACCGGGAACAUUAUUAAACAUGGCACUUCUUAAUUUAGGGUCCUCAGAUCCGAAUUUGCGCACAGCUGCGUAUAAUCAAUUAUGUGCGUUGACUGCAACUUUUGAUUUAAAAAUCGAAGGUCAGUUGUUAGAAACACAAGGUUUAUGUAUACCUUCAAAUAACACGAUUUUUAUAAAAUCGGUGUCGGAAAAGUUGGCCACGAAUGAGCCACAUUUAACGUUGGAAUUUCUCGAGGAGUGUAUUCAAGGUUUUCGUGUUUCCAGUAUCGAAUUGAAGCAUUUGUGUUUAGAGUACAUGACGCCAUGGUUGGCCAAUUUGGUCAAGUUUUGCAAACCGUCGGAAGAGAAUAAAAGACAAAAACAGGUUGCGCAAAUUUUGGAGAAAUUGAUUUUGUUGACUAUUGAGGAAGUCGAGAUGUAUCCUUCAAUUCAGGCGAAGAUUUGGGGCUCGAUUGGUCAAGUUCCUGAAUUGAUUGAUAUGGUUUUGGAUAAUUUUAUACAUAGAUCGGUGAAUUCGGGUCUGGGCUCGCCCAUGGUGGAAAUAAUGGCUGAUACUGCCGUCGCAUUGGCUUCGGCAAAUGUGCAAUUGGUGGCAAAAAAAGUGAUUGGAAGGCUGUGUCGAGUUGUCGAUAAAACGUGUCAAUCGCCAACUCCACUUUUAGAACAACAUAUGAUGUGGGAUGAUAUUGCAAUUUUAGCAAGAUAUUUGUUAAUGUUAUCGUUUAACAAUUGUCUAGAUGUUGCUCGGCAUUUGCCAUACUUGUUUCAUACAGUAACUUUCUUGGUGUGUUCUGGGUCGUUGAGUAUGAGAGCUUCGACUCAUGGACUUGUUAUUAAUAUUAUACACUCUUUAUGUACCUGUACAAAACCAUCUUUUUCGGAAGAAACCCAAAGAGUUUUACGCUUAUCUCUAGAUGAAUUUUCUCUACCAAAAUUCUAUUUGUUAUUCGGUAUAAGUAAAGUUAAAUCAGCUGCAGUUACUGCAUUUAGAUCGAGUUAUCGACAUCCGAAUGAGAGGUGGUUUGGGACGGAACGAAGCUUUUCGGGGGCUUCAGCUGACAGAGAAAGACUCUCAUUGACCUCACUUGAGGUCAUAACUGAUGCUUUACUCGAAAUUAUGGAGGCUUGCAUGCAUGACAUUCCCAACUGUGAUUGGUUGAACAGUUGGACUUCGCUGGCGAAAAGUUUCGCAUUUUGUUUUAAUCCAGCUUUACAACCAAGAGCACUUAUCGUUUUCGGUUGUAUUAGUAAGAGUAUAACAGAUCAUGACAUGAAACAGUUGUUGCGAAUUUUGGUCAAAGCUUUGGAAAGUUUUAGUGAUAUUGUACUUAUUGAAGCAUUAGUUAUGUGUUUGACCAGAUUGCAACCACUUUUGAGGCCUGAAUCUCCUAUACAUAAAGCUUUAUUUUGGGUUGCGACCUCGGUUUUGCAAUUGGACGAAGUAUCUCUCUAUGCCUCAGGCUUAGCAUUGUUAGAGCAAAAUUUGCAUACUUUAGAUUCUCAGGGAAUUUUUGAAGACAAGACGCUUGAGAACGUUAUGAUGUCAACGCGCGAACCACUUGAAUGGCACUUUAAGCAAUUGGACCACGCUGUGGGGCUUAGCUUUAAGGCAAAUUUUCAUUUUGCUUUAGUAGGACAUUUGCUUAAAGGAUACCGCCAUCCUACACCUACCACCGUUUCACGCACUUCAAGAGUGCUAACCAUGUUGCUAGCUAUAGUAGCAAAGCCACAUAGAAGAGAUAAGUUUGAAGUAACACCGGAUAGUGUAGCUUAUCUCACUGCUUUGGUUGGUGUAUCUGAAGAAGUACGAAGUCGUUGUCACAUCAAACAUUCUCUUUCGAGAAACAUGGCAGAUUCAAUAACUCAAGAAAAUUUUAUGAAUGAAAACAUGGCAAACAUGUCUCACCAAAGUAACUCAGGAAAUGUUACAAAUACGGGUAGUGGUGUAAAUCGCCGUCAAAAGUCAUGGGAUCUUCUGGAUCAGUCGGCUAUUGCUCAAGCCAGACAACACAAACAACCACCACAACACCAGAACCGCAGUACAAGGGUUUCAGUAAGCAACGAAAAUAACGUCCUUCUUGAUCCUGAAGUUCUAACAGACUUUUCAACUCAGGCCUUAGUUUUAACCGUGUUAGCAACUCUUGUUAAAUAUAGCACAGACGAAGCUGAAACUAGAAUAUUAUAUCAGUAUCUUGCCGAAGGCGCCGUAGUUUUCCCGAAAGUAUUUCCAGUAAUUUAUAACUUGUUGGAUAUGAAAAUAAACAACGUUUUAACCUCUUGCCACGACCAAAUAAUUUUAAGUGCAGUCAGGAGUAUCAUCCAAAAUAUGAUAGCAUGUGAAGAUACUAGCCAACAGCAACUUCACUACUUGCAAAGCUGUGGUUUUGGGGGACUUUGGCGCUUUGCUGGACCAUUUAACAAGUACAACAAUACGGCCGAAAGUAGUGAAUUGUUUGUAAAUUGCUUAGAAGCAAUGGUUGAAACAUGUCUUCCUAUAGAAGAAUCUGAAGGAGAGAAUGGUGAAAUGCAGCAAUAUCCUUCAAUGUUAAGUGUUAGUUCAAAUAUGAACCUUUCCUCUAGUCUUUCUAGCCUUACUUUGGGUUCACCGACGGAAAAAGAGAUUACGAGAGAUUUAGAAGGGGGAAGUACAACUUCAUUGGGACGGGCUUCAUUUAGCAAACAACGUAGUUUAAAAACAAAAACACAUCUGCAUUCGGAAGGGUCAUCUAUUCAUAAAUAAAAUUCUUAGCAACUGGACGAUUUUUUUAAGUAGGAGAAUUUAAACACAUUCAGAUAUUUACGAGUAAAUCGUAUAAAUUAAUUAAUCUAUUAGUUUUAAAGGGAUAUGUGAAAAGAUACUGUACAAAACAAAUGCUUGUAAUUAAUUUUAGUUUAGAUUGUACAAGUAAAUUCGUACAGCAUUUAUUAUAUUUGAUUUCUUUAAGACGAUGCAAUACCAAACAUUACUUUUCUUUUAUGCAUUUAUUCCGUGAUUAAUUUCUAUUAUGUAAGUGUAAUGUACUUUAUGGUUGUCACAUUUUGUGUUCAUUUUUUCAACAUUCAACUUUUUGUUGUAUAUAGUUGUAAGUAUCGCAUCAGUAUUUUUUAACAUUAUAGUGUUUUAAUUUGCUUUUUUCUUUUACUUUAGUUCCUAUUUAUUUUAUUAUGGUUCAGGGCGUCUCCAAACACAAAAAACAUACCUGAAUUACGUAACUAAAAACGAUUUCAUUUGAUAGAAUGUGAUACGUAGACGGUGUUCAUGAAUUAAUUAAUUUUUGACAAAUUUUUCACAUAUCCAUUUCUACUGUCAUUGCUAUUUGAUGUACAAAUCUCUAGAACCCUUUAUGACAAUUAAUUUAAAUUAUUGUUUUUAUCCAAUGUUUUAUUAUACAUACUUGUUUUAGUGUACGGUGAUGUUUCAAUAACAUUACGUAAGGGACCAGAGUUGAAUCUUGUACGAAUUGUCAUAGGAAAUGUUUUAAAACUUUAUUUUUACAUGAAAGAGUGAAAGUGGAGUUUUAUUCGAUUGUGCACAAUCGUAAAAACAUUAUCACUCAUUAUGGAAACCUCACUGUACACGUGAUUGUUUUGAAAAUAAUUUUAUUAUUUGAAUUCAACUCUUGUUUAUAUCUACAUAAAAAUUCUAUUUGUGAUAGAUUAAUGUAUAAAUGAAAAUAUGUAUGUUUCUUAAAUAUGACAAAUGUUUGUAUCUAUGAUAUUACAUAAUAUAAGAAUACGCGUUGCUUUAUU